AUGGAUACACGAUGCGAGGCUAAACAGCCUACCGAAAACUAUCUACGCCAGCCAGAUGACCGUGAUUCCCCCAGCCAGUGGCUGAAAAGUGCUGCAACCACGGGCGUAGUUGAUGCGAGGAGUCAAGAGCCCAAAUUGGCUCGUACAGCCGGAGAGGAUCAUGGCGCAAGCCGGCAAAUGCAACCUACAUCGCGAAAAUCCGUUUGCGAGGCAUCCGUCUCCAACGCAAGGCUUGGACAAGACCGAUGGAGGGCAUUGCGUGACGCUGAGUCAAGGUUUCGAUUGACAUCUGAUCGCAAACACGAUGGCGUCUCGACUUUUCGAUGUUUCAACGAGAGUCUGACUGACGCUCUAUGGCGCUUAGUUGCGAUCGAGGUUGUCGAAGUCUGGUUCGAAAAUGCUGAAACCCGCCUAAGGUCAUACGAUCGUGAACCCGAAGCUUGGCAACACGACAUUUCCUGCAUACAGGAGCACGACAACAAUUCUUGGAGGACCGCCAGAGAAGCACGAAAAGUUGCAAGACUUCCAAUCCUCGAGAUGUUACCAGAUACCCAAGAACACAGCAGCGAGUCCGUGCAGGAUCUUUUCAAGACGAUCAUCGACCUUCUCCGCCAGUCAUCACCAGUGCCAGAGCUCAGAGUGCCCAGCCGAAGCCCUUCAAAUCCACCAAGGCUGUCGGUAGAGGCAAGCAGCAGUCGAAAAGCAUCACCGAGUCCAAACGGCAGAAAGCGUUAUUAUACACUCAUAUUGGAAGGGAGUCGGCAUGAGGAUGCACAGCCUCCACGAAGCAUUCCAGAAAGAAGCCCGCUCAGGCUUGUGGCAAACGGGCCACGAAAUGGUCGAUCGGGAAAGGCAAUGUUAGUGAAUGAAAACGCUCUGCAUGACGGAGAACGGGGCGGAGGGUCUGAGGAGCAGAGUUGCGGAAAUGGUCAAGGAGCGGAGGGAUUUGAGGGGCGGCUAGCCAAACAUAGGCUCCAGGAUAACAGCACAUCCGCAGCUGCAAUCGACAUUGCUUGGCCGGAUUUGGAUCUGCUAUUGGCAUUCGUUGGACCUGAGGCUUCCGCUGCAUUCGCGCCGGCAUUGCCAAUGGCGGCGUCUGCGCGGUACGGCAGUGAGUCUACGGUAUCGGGAGUCAAGCGAGUCUUUAUUGCACAGCGGCACGAAAUAUCGUGCGUUGUAUGA